AUGACACUAAUUGCUGCAAUCAGUUGCACUCUUUUAUUGUCCAUUCUCUGUGAAACAAGUGCAUUAGUGUUACCCAACUCCACUGACCUAUUCCUGUCAGACAAUAAUUUCACUGACAUCAAGACGGCUUUGGCAGCUCAUCUGGACUCUGCAAAAAUUCCCAAAGCCAGGCGGAAGCGCUACAUUUCACAGAAUGACAUGAUUGCCAUUCUUGAUUAUCAUAAUCAAGUCAGAGGCAAAGUCUUCCCACCUGCUUCUAACAUGGAAUAUAUGGUUUGGGAUGAAACUCUUGCUAAAUCUGCUGAGGCUUGGGCUGCUACAUGCAUUUGGGACCACGGCCCUUCCUAUCUUCUGAGAUUUUUGGGACAGAACCUGUCUGUAAGAACAGGAAGGUAUCGAUCUAUUCUCCAGCUGGUAAAGCCGUGGUAUGAUGAGGUGAAGGAUUAUGCUUUCCCUUAUCCUCAAGAUUGCAACCCUAGAUGCCCGAUGCGAUGUUAUGGACCCAUGUGCACCCAUUACACACAGAUGGUUUGGGCCACUUCCAAUCGUAUAGGCUGCGCAAUCCACACAUGCCACAAUAUGAACGUCUGGGGAUCUGUUUGGCGGCGAGCUGUUUACUUGGUAUGCAACUAUGCCCCAAAGGGGAACUGGAUUGGAGAAGCACCAUAUAAAGUAGGAGUCCCAUGUUCAGCUUGUCCUCCAAGCUAUGGAGGUUCUUGUAUUGACAAUCUUUGCUUCCCAGGAGUAACAUCAAACUACUUAUACUGGUUUAAAUAA